AAAAUGAAAAAUAUCUUGCCCUUAAUCGUCUGCGGUAGCCGAUAUCUCUGAGUUGUUCCUUCCUUCCUUUCCUCGGCGUGCUCCUGCCUCGGCCAUGGCUGUUGUUCUUGGAAAUUGGGCUUUGUUGCUGGACGUAGCGUCGCCUCGGAUUGUACUGAACGAUCGCAAGGCUCGUCCUUUGGCCCUUGACGUUGUUUUGAGCUUGCACAAGAGAGACCUUAACGCCUAUUAUGCUGCGGUUGUCGGCAAAAGCUUCGAACCAGACGGUGAGCCUAGGAGCCAGAGAAUCGUGGCUCGUGGAAAGUCGAAUUCGAAGAAGAACGGUGGCGUCGAUUUCGAUGGCGAUGAAGAGGAAAAUUGGGACAGUAAUGGGUUCGACGAAGAGGAGCAGUUCGAUUGGGAGAAAGAAAUGCGGAAGAGAGUGAAGGAGAUAGAGGAGAGGAGAGAAUUGGAGAAAAAAGCGGAGGAAUUACAGAGUAAAAUAGAUGAAGAAGGAAGCGAGGAGAAAGAGGAACCCGAGGAAGAGAAGAGGAUGAGAGUGAGAAAGGAGCUUGAAAAGGUAGCCAUGGAGCAGGCUGAAAGAAGAGCGACGGCGCAGCUGAUGUUUGAUUUGGGUCAGAAGGCAUACGGCAGGGGCAUGUACAGUCGAGCCAUUGAAUUUUUAGAAGGCGCGCUUACAAUAAUUCCCAGGUCUACUUUAUUCGGUGGAGAGAUCCAAAUAUGGCUUGCUAUGGCUUAUGAAGCAAAUAACCGCCAUGGAGAGUGCAUUGCUUUGUACCGGCAAUUAGAGAAGACGCAUCCCAGUGUCAGCAUCAGGCGGCAGGCGGCAGAUCUUCGCUAUAUUUUGCAAGCACCAAAAAUCAAGAUAUCUCAGGAGGAAAUGGUAACAAUACCUCUAAUCGGUUCUAGUUACGACAGCUACGCAGCAACGUGGAGUGACAAGAACAAAGACAAAGACCAGAAGGGAAGCUGGUCGACCACGAAUCAGCUGCCGUCGUCUCGGGACUAUUUGGGGGACUUUCUAGUUUGGCGACCUCCCAUUGGCUUGGGAAAAAGCCAAGCCUUCUGGGUGGGGCUGACCUUGUGGAUGGGCUUGGUUGCUGCUGCCCUUUUACUUCAAAAGUGACCACUCUUCAAUUUGUAAAUAUUAUUUUAUUUUUAGAUCCUCAUGUAUUAUUGUAUUAUUCAUUCGAGUGUGCUGGUGGGGUUUUCCUAUGUUUUGACGAUCCUUUCAUAUAAUAUAAGUUCUCAAAACAUUUAUAAGCAAAUUUGAUUAGCAAAACAUUUAUGAGCAA